UCGCUCCUCGUGCACGCUCCUCAUCGGCGACUUCAUCAACAGCGGCAAUGGUUCUCUACGUUGGUACCCCUCUACGGGAGUCUAUAUAAACAGAGGCCUCCUACGGGUCUGAACAUUUUUUCGUUCCUCCUACAACCGCGUCGUGGUGUCUCCUUGUAUUCUCUUUCGUAUUUUUUUGUUUUUAUUUUACCGCGGGAGAAAGAUGGUGCUCGUAACUUGAACGAUCGAGCAUAACACGCGCUACGCUCGAUACCAGCGCGGGAAAGAGAGGAAGACGAGGAUUUUCCUCUUAUUCGUCGUUUUCUUCUUAUAGUUCUUUUUCAUCCUUUUUUACUUUAUUUUAUUAUCAAGUAACGGAAAUCGAAGAAAGAAAAGGACCAGUUUUAUAUAAGCAGUGCCGUUUACACACACAUACACACACAUAUAUAUAUACACACACACACAUAUAUAUGUAUAUAAAUUAUAUGUAUUUUUUGUGUGCAGUGCGGACACAAGUUUUUACGAUUGUUACGGUGCUAUGCUCGAAGUAAAGAUGACAAUUGUGCUGGUUUGUGCGCUGCUGAUCGGCCAGCACGUAGGAGCGGUGGUGAACAAGGCGUUGCCGCAAGCAUCGCCCAGCGAGAAUCCUGAGGAAAAGAAAAAUGAGAUAAAAGCCAACGAAAGAAUAAGCAAUUCUUAUGGACCACCCGCCGACGACUAUGGACCACCGAUUGUAUCGGUGAAUGGUGGUUUCAAUGGACCAGCACCAGUCUACGGACCGCCGUUGAACAUUAAACCUCAUUACGGGCCACCAAAACAAACUUUUGGCCCAACGAAGCUUCACUUUGCUCCGCUAAAACAGCACUUCGGACCGCCACCGCUUUCCUUCCCUUCGUUUAGACCACCAAAACCACAGUAUGGACCACCGUUAAAGUUGAACACGCCUCCACUCGCCGGUUUCCCACCGGUAUCGUCUUUGCCAAAUCAUUUGGGACCCGUUAAGUCUGGACAUGGACCACCCAUUCCUGUAUCCAUCGAAUCUUAUCGACCACGACCCGAACCACUUCCUCUUCCAGUGAAUCCAGAGUAUGGACCACCACCUCCACUUCCACCUCCUCAAUUAUCUAUUCAAUACGAAUUGAGUAACGCUAAUAUUCAUGGACCACCACCUCCACCUCCUGCAGGAGUCCCAGCACCUCCCACUCCACCUGAUAUAAUGUACGAUGGAUGGCAACCCAUAGCUGGACUUGCUAAUCAAAAUCAACAAGGGCCACCGUUGAAACAAUAUUCAUCCUCCGAUGGUCAUCAUCUCAAGUACGUCGAAGAUACGACCAAUCCGAAUGUGCCCAGUGAUUCUUACGGUGUACCCAUCACUAAUCCAGAAGCUCAACAUCUAAAAACUUCCGUCCGUGAAUCCUCUGGCGAUAAAAAUGGAUUGCCUCCACCACCAUUACCAGUGUACGACGGUGAUCAUAAUUCGAAUACUCACGCAUCAUCCUCAUCGUCCUCCUCUUUCCAUUCGGAUCAUCAUCAACACAAUCAUCAGCAAUCGAACUUAAAAUACAACGUUGGAAACUCAGAUUCUCUUUCGAUCGUGAAAACCGUAGGUUUUGAGUUGCUACCCAAUACUGAAUCUUUGACCUCAGAUCUUCAAAGUUUGUCUCACGGAAGCAAUUCUGGUGUUUCCUCGUACGAACAUUCAUCAACGUCCCUAAACAUCGAUGGUGAUUCGAAUUCGGGACAUUCUGUAUUACCAUUGCAAGAACUGGAUGAAUCGUCUCACGAUGCUUCAUUCGGAAAUGGAGAAUCUCACGGAGUUCAUAAUGUCAACGAUAUCACCUUGCAACAACUACCGGGACUGACAUCAGUUAAUUUCGGAAAGGUCAAUGGAAUCGUCGGUGGUUCUUUGCUUCCGCCACCUACUGAUUCCUAUGCAGCACCACCACUCUCUUCAUACUCAUCAGAUGGACCUUAUCCAGCAGCUCAAUCUGGUCGAACUGGACCAACAUUCUCACCGUUUGGACUUUUCGGUACUUCCUUCCAGAAACAUGGCUCGCAUCAUCAUAGAUUUCACGGACACUUUAGAUUACACGGUCCACCUUCAUCACCUCCAGCAUCUUUAAUACCACCUAGAAAUCGAGAACCGAUCAAAUUCCGAGAGCCAAUUCCCAUAGCACUAAUAUCCAAUCUUCAUCGUUACCUUCCGUCGUUACCUCCUAUUGACCUGACAAAGCCACUUAAAUUACACGCUCCUCAUCUAUCGUUCGGCCCUCAGUUACCUAGUUUGAACGCUCCUCUUUCAUUUCAUCAAUCAUCUGAAUCCGAUCAUUCCUUAUCGAACACUUUCUCUAACAGUGGAUCUUUCGGCAAAUUCAAUUCUCACAGUUUGAAUUCUCCAAUGGCUGCACCCAAUGCGCAAUACGGAACUCCAUUAUCCUUCACGGAUUUCAAUACGCCAGCUCCGGUUCCAACUUAUGGUGCACCUAAUUUUGGACCAGCUUCUACAUUUGGUUUCACAUCAAAUGGCUUUGGGACAAAUCUUUAUGACGGAAUAGGAAAUGGUUUGACCAGCGUUUAUGGAACCCCUGUAAUAAAUCCACCUCUAACGAUUACUACUGGUGAUUGUAAUUAUCAGCAGUUCAACAGUGAUACGGAUUUUGGAUUUGACAAGGGUACCAAUCACUUGUUGCCACCUGCUGUUCUUCCAGUGUUACCAAGUUCAACAGGAGAGGAAGAUAAUUCUUUACUCAAAUCACCACCAGCUUUAUCUUCAAUUUCGGAUUCUUUGAAUUCGUAUAUUGCACCACCUGUAAACACGUUAGAUUUGGAGAAUUAUGAGCAACGGAAAGUUGGCUUGAAAGAUAGUUAUGGAAAUCCAAUAGGAGUUUCUUAUGAAUCAUCGAAUCAAGCGAUUGAUUCGGACGUUCAAAGUAAUGAUCACGUUCACUCGUCGACUGCCGGAGUGACGAAUAUUUUAUCUCUUUCCUCUUCCUCCUCCUCAUCAUCAUCUUCUUCCUCUUCUUCCUCUUCCUCUUCUUCUUCUUCUUCUUCUUCUUCUUCAUAUUCCGGUCCAUCCCAAAGUUCUUUCUCUCCUGGAAUAUCCUUGCACCAACAUGGAACCUCUGCCGAGGCCUUAACAGCUAGCUUAACGGCUCAAGGUUAUGGCGAAUCUAAGAGUCUUAGCUCGAACGAGGUAGAUGCUAGUCAAUACUUGAAGACUGAUGAAGGUAGUCAAGCAUUAGCUCUAGCACAAGGUCUGACUGCUGAUGGUCCAAAUGGCUUUCAAAUUCAGGGAUCAAAAGGCACGUACACUCUACAGAUUCAACCUGCUGAUGGUGGAUUAGGAACGGAAAAUUCUGACGGUAGCAUAAGACACGAUCAGGUUCUUUCAAAUGGCCUUCUUCAAGAUAUUCUUGCGGCGAUCGAGCAACCAGAUCAAGGUCGAGUUGAACUUCAAGGUCCACCUCAAUCUCAACCAUUAGAAGAAGUUCACAAUGAUCAAUUGUCUGGAUCUAAUAGCAUCUCUCAUCAGAAUGGACAUUAUAUCACGGUUCAAAAUAAGGAGGACGAAGAAAUAAAUCAACUUAUCCGACAAGUCAGCGAUAGAAGUGGUCAAUCAUCCGAUAACGAUGAAAGAAAUUCAUCUAAAAGCGAAGCAAUCGCUUUGUUCUUUAAUAAUCAAUAUGUGGAUAACACGAGAAAGGAUACGAGAUCUGUGAGCAAAGCGGAGAAACAAGCGAAUACUUCGAUCUCCGUGAAGAAUUAAUAAAGUGAAAUGAUAUCUACCUGAACUUUUUCGUGAAAUAGUGUGCCUGUGAAAAUUAUCUAAAUACGUGUUAAGAAAAAAUUGUGUCGUUACUAUCGAUAUCAAGUUAUGCUCUAAUUUAGAUUCUUUUUAAAGAUAUUUAUCGAAACUAAAACUCUGUGUUAGAUUUUAGAUUUAUGGUGCUCCGUCAUUGUCUUUGAUCGUGUUCGAAGAUCAAAGAUAUCCUAAAGGAAUAAGAAGACGUGCUUCGUUCGUAGCAGAAACUAAACGAGAAACACGAUAGUCGCUGAUCGAUUCGUAUUAAACGCGUCGUUGAAAUACCACUUGAAGUAAUCCGAGUAGAACGUGAGAGAAGUGAGAAAAGAAUCGAGGAGGAGUUUGUUCAACACUCUUUCUCGUUUGCCUUUGGAAAAAGGGAAAGUGAUAAUUACGCGUUGGCUAAUGUAUCGAUAACAGGUUAUUAGAAGAAUAAUCUGCUUACUUAAGAAUAUCGCACCUCGAGUUACUCGGGUGUUACGAGUGUUCUUAGAAAGUUUAGAGUAUCAUUAUCGUUCUAAUACCAUUCUUUAUUUAUUUUCUUUCUUUCUUUGCCGAGAGAUUUUGAGAAAGGAGGUUCUAUUAUCAGGGCAAACUUAAUUGCAAUAUAGUAAAGAUUAAAGAUGCUCCAAAGUGUGGCCUGAAACUAACUUGUCUCCUCUUUAAUACAUUUAUCUAUUCUAGGUCAAAUAAUAGAGAAGCUAUGUGUAGAGAAAAAAAGAAAGUUCAUGAUUAAUUAUUAAAGGAGAUUCGUCGAUUCUUCGUUCUCAUUUAAACAUCUGUGAAUUUUGGUGCCCCUCAAAGAAAAGAAGAAAUCGAAAGAUGAAACGAACCGACUUGUGAUCCUUAGGAGAAUCAACUCCAUGUUGUACUUUCGAUCGACGAAUCUAGGUCAUCGGGCUACGGGCUUUGACUCGCCGUAGUGAAAUGUGUGUUACCGUCGCUCUCUAACAUUCGCCAAGUGUACUCCUUCGUUCAAGGUGAAAGUUCAAAAUCUCAGUUAGCAAUCCUUCGAUAAUCGUGAAAAUCGUGUCUCCCGUAAAACAUGUUUUUUCGUUCUAUAAACUCAUUCUUUUUCAACCAAUGCUCAUACACACACAUAUAUAUAUAUAUAUAUGUGUGUGUGUGUUUGUACGUGCAUAUAUAUGUAUGUUUUGCUUAUUUUUAAAAAUUGCAAUGAAUUAUUUUACGAAACUGUGAAAUUUUUGUAUAUUCUCUCGAAAUAGUCAGAAUUCUCAGACAAUUUGUUAUUACAUCCUUCGAUAUCUUUCUUUACGAUGUUGCCCAGCGAAUAGUUAUGCAUAAUUCAGUGAUACAUUUUAGAUGCGUAAAAUAAGUAGAGCGUCUGCUUUUCGAAAAAGACGCUCAUUGUAACGAAGUAUAAUUACGUAGUAACGCUACUACCAAGCCAUAAAGCACGUCCAUUUUGCUCCUAUUUCGCGUGCACCAUAUUUUUUUAUUGAUUAAUUUAUUUUUUUUUUGUACAAAGAGAAGAGAGCUCCGAUACAAAAGGGCCCGAUGUUUGUCCACAACGAGCGAUCAUUGAAAAUCACUCGUCCGAUGUAUACGUCUGUGUGUGUGUGUGUGUAUUUUUUUUUUUUUAUACAUCGCGCGAAUACGCGUGUAAAGACACGAAUACUUUGUAAAUAGACAG